CAAGCCCACUACAAAUUCAUUUCUCCCUUCCCGCCAAAGCGCGCCUUCUCUCUCUCACUUCAGAGUUCAGAGAGAGAGACACGAAAAUGGAUCUGAGUCUGAGCGGGAAUGCAAUCAAGACCUUUGCUCGGUGCAUCACGUGCCUCGCACGUGUAGGCAACGAGCUUGCAAUUCAAGCCUCUCCUUCUCAGCUCGCUUUUCACACUCUCAAUUCAUCGCGGUCAGCUUAUCAGUCCAUUACAUUUAAGCCUGAUUUCUUUGAUGUCUAUACAGUUUCUGGUAACCAAGUCCAAUGCAGUGUGCUUUUGAAGGCCAUUUGUUCUCUUCUUAGGACACCUAUUGCAAGUAUUGAUAAUUUGAGUGUGAAGUUGCCUGAUCCUGAUGCAUCAAAAGUGCAAUGGGCGUUAGAAUGCUAUAGUGGCAUGAGGAAAACCUAUUGGAUUACUUGCAAUGUUGAACCCGAUAUACAACAUUUAUCUCUUGAUAGGACAAAAUUCCCAAGUAACUUUGUAGUGAGGCCUCGUGAUCUCAAUAGAUUGCUUGUUAAUUUUCAGUCCUCUCUUCAGGAGAUUACUAUCAUUGCAACAGAACAGACCUCCUUACCUUCUGAUGCUGCAAAUGAAAUAGGAGGAAAAGCUGUUGAACUUAGAAGUUAUAUAGAUCCAACCAAAGAGAAUGAUUCAUCACUGCACACUCAACUAUGGAUAGAUCCUACAGAAGAGUUUCUGCAGUAUACUCACACUGGAGACCCAGUAGAUGUGACAUUUGGUCUGAAAGAAUUGAAGGCCUUUCUUUCUUUUUGCGAAGGCUGUGAAGUUGACAUUCAAUUGUAUUUUGAAAAGGCCGGAGAGCCUAUUCUCAUGGCACCAAAAUUUGGGUUAGAUGAUGGGUCCAGCUCAACUUUUGAUUCUACACUUGUACUUGCAAGCAUGCUUAUAUCGCAGCUCCAUGAAGGGAAUCCCUCAGAACCUCCACAAGAAGCUACCUCAACACAUGGCCAGGACGAGCAUGGGGCAUCCCAAGCUCAACAUGAUAGGUGUAUACCAAAUGUUUCUGAGCAUCCAUCUGAUCACACCAGAAUUUGGUCCGACCUUUCUGGAAGCGCAGCAAAAAGUGGUAGUGGCAGUGGUAUUGGUACUGAAGAAAGGCAGGUUCAAGGGGAAACAAAUUUGAAUGCUAAUCAGCAGAGGGAGAUGCAAAGAAUUAGCACAAUGCAAAUUUCAAAAACUACAUCCGCUAGAGAAAAUGAGCCUGCAGAUCCUAAUAUCUUUCAUCCUAUGGAAAAGGAUCGUGCAGAAGAAGCCCGAGAUGGGCCAGUUUCACAACGUCAUCCUAGUAACUGGGUGGAUGCAGAUGAAGAUGAUGAUGAUGAUGAUGAUGGGGAUGAGGAUGAACUGUGUGUUCAGUCCACACCACCAUACUAUGAAGAACAUUAGCCAUGAUGGAUGCUGCUUGUUCUCUUUCUCUGUUGUAAAUGUCUCUUCCAAUGAGAUUUUUAAUCAAAGUAAAGUUUUGGUUAGCUUCUCCCCUUAUAUACUUGUUAUCCACUCAGCCUUGUACACUACGUAAUCCGAUACAAGGUAGAUCCUCCAGCAUUUGAAAAGGUAAUUGAAUAUGUGCUGCCUUGGAAUGGUUUGUAGUGUUGUGUCACUGUUGAAUAUAACCAUAUCCAUCAGGGUAUUUGGAGUAAAAUACUGAAGGUCCACAAUGUUAAUAUACAUCUAGAAAGAUGACAAUUGACCCGCCAGUAACGUAUGAGGGUAAUAUCACUUCCUUUUGUUGGCGUUUUAAUGAAAAGCAUUUUGGAAGGUUUCAGAGUACUAAAUAUACUUUACCAAAUUGACUUGUGGGUGGCUCAGUCACGAUCAUGCUGCAGUUAUAUGGUGCUGUUGUUUCUUGUUAUAAUUUGAAGUGAAUCUUAGCGUUGAGCCUGAUUCCUACUGCAUGUUAUCUUUUACUUGAUUUGGUUUUCCCAUCAAAGACAGGAACCUUUUUCCACUGUAAUAGCUAGCUUUUACUUUCUAUCUGUCAAGCAUAAAGGGUUUUUUCUCCCAAACAUAAAGGCUAUGAUGGUUUAAGGAUGUAUAAAGACCUACAACAGAUGUAAUAGUAGUAUUCACUUGAGCUGA